UUUCAUACACAAGAAUGAAGAAUGAGAUCCAACUUAAAAUACCAAAUAAAUUUUUAUUCCGUAUUUUCAAACGGUGAAUGCACGAGCCCCCCUCCACCUGAGCUUCUUCACAGCGGCGUCUUCCUCCACCGCUCACCGUCACUUCGGCCCUGCUCAGCCGGGAUCUAUCUGUAUUCUGUAUUCAACAUUGAAUUGAAUUGAAUUGAAUUGAAUUCCAUGAAAGUUUCAGCAAUUCAUUGUGCCAGGCACAAGCCCCAUAACUGUGUCACCUCAUUUCAAUUUUCCUCCUCCUCAUCUUCGUUGCCAUGGAUAUCUCCCCUUAACUUUACAAAACCUGCAAAACCUAAACCAGACCCUCCUCCUGAAUUCACUGUCACUCCCGCUGAGCCUCGGAAGAAGCACAAAUAUAUCACUCAUGACUCUGCAAUCAAUUUGAUCAAGCGAGAGAAAGAUCCGCAACAUGCCUUGAAAAUAUUCAACAUGGUAUCAGAACAAAAGGGUUUUAAUCACAACAACGCAACAUAUGCCACGAUUCUCCAAAAGCUCGCUGAGUCUAAGAAGUUUCAAGCCGUGGAUCGAGUUCUGCAUCAGAUGACAUAUGAAACUUGCAAAUUUCAUGAGGGUAUAUUUAUACACCUCAUGAAGCAUUUCUCAAAGUCCUCUCUUCAUGAGAAAGUGCUUCAGUUAUUUUUAUCCAUUCAGCCGAUAGUUCGUGAAAAGCCCUCUCCUGAAGCGGUCAGCACUUGUCUCAAUCUCCUGGUUGAUUCUAACCAGGUUGAUUUGGCACGAAAGUUGCUCUUGCAUGCCAAGAGAAGUCUAACACAAAAGCCAAACGUCUGCAUACUUAAUAUCUUGGUGAAAUACCACUGCAAAAAUGGGGAUCUUGACUCUGCAUUUGAAGUUGUAAAAGAAAUGAGGAACAACAAGUCAUCCUACCCGAAUAUAAUUACAUACUCAACCCUGAUGGAUGGCCUCUGUCAAAAUGGAAGACUCAAAGAAGCUUUUGAACUUUUUGAGGAAAUGGUGUCAAGGGAAGGGAUCAUGCCUGAUCCCCUCACUUACAAUGUUUUGAUCAAUGGAUUUUGCCGGGAAGGUAAACCCGGUCGUGCUAGAAAUGUAAUUGAGUUUAUGAAAAGUAAUGGAUGCCGACCAAAUGUAAUUAAUUACUCAGCGCUGGUGAAUGGCUUAUGUAAAGUGGGGAAAAUUCAAGAUGCAAAAGAGGUUUUUGCGGAGAUGAAGAGCUCUGGUUUGAAACCUGAUACAUUUAGCUACACUACUUUGAUUGAUUUUUUCAGUAGGAAUGGGCAAAUUGAUGAAGCUAUUAGGUUGCUUAAAGAAAUGAAGGAAAAUGAAUGCCGGGCUGAUACUGUUACAUUCAAUGUUAUUCUUGGAGGCCUGUGCAGAGAAGGCAGAGUUGAGGAGGCUCUGGGUAUGCUUGAGACACUUCCGCACCAGGGUUUCUAUUUGAACAAAGCUAGCUACAGGAUUGUCCUCAAUUCCUUGACUAAAAAAUGUGAAUUGAAAAAGGCAAAGAGCUUAUUGGAGCUAAUGCUAGGUAGGGGUUUUUUACCCCAUUAUGCUACCUCAAAUGAAUUAUUAGUUAAUCUUUGUAAGGCAGGAAUGGUUGAUGCUGCUGCUGCGGCACUGUUUGACUUGGUGGAGAUGGGGUUCAAGCCAGGACUUGAUUCUUGGGAAAUUUUAAUUCAAUUAAUCUGCAGAGACAGAAAGUUAUUGCAUGUUUUUGAGUUGCUUGAUGAAUUAGUGAUCACAAAUUCUUGAUA